GUUGAAAUGUCAAAAGACAAAUUAAAACAAAAAGCUGAGCAACUCAAAGAAAAAAUACAGUAAGUUAAUUAAAUUUGUAUUACUGACGAGGUUAACAGUACCAAUCACUACCAACGGUUUUCGAUACAAUAACAGUAAGCUAGCCUGCUCGCAGCCUGAAAUUUAGAAGGGGAAAAUUGAAAUUUUUUCCACUUCUAAAUUUCAGGCUGCGAGCAGGUUACAGUAAGUGGACGAUGAGGAAACGGUGUUGGACGCAUUUCGAUGCAAUUAUAGCCUGCAAGAAUUUACUUUCUUCACAUGGUUAAGCCAAAAUUUACACAGUCACAGUGAUUUAUCGGCUGAUUGUAGGAGAACCACAUUAAUUUAUAUUUAACGAAAAUUAAAGAAAAAACGCGGUAAACUUUGUCUAAUGACGUCACAACAGUACUAACCGACACAUGUCGACACUGACAUUCAUGAAAACCUAAAAUCAGACUCACUGACAAAACGCAGGAUGUGAACGUACAGCUCCAAAGUUUGUUUGGCUUCCCGUUCUUUAUUUCCAUUCCUCAUUUUUUGCCAGAUCUCGUGGUCUUGACAUUUCAUUUGAUCAUGAUGAAGACAAAGAGAAUGUGGAAAGCAUCGAUAUGGUUAAACAUAUUCAGAUGAAAGUUGAAGAAAUGGAUGUAAGUUCAUUUGUGAUAUUUCUGUGAAAACAUUUUUAGUAAAUUCGUACAUUUUAUCACACUGAUACAUAAUUAUAAAACUUGCUAUAGGAGGAGGCCAAUAUGUGUACAUCAGUUGCACCAGAAACAGAGGUUUGUUUAUGAAUAUUAAUUAACAUUUCUUGGGACAUUUAUAUGCAGCUUCGUUCAUGGAUGCCCACAAGUUUGGUAUCGAAAUAUAAUGAAUGCUGCACCAAAAUUGAGUGUUUGAACAUCUCAUUUUGUUAGUUUAUUCUCGAUGCAUAGAUGUACGUUUUCCUAUAACCAUGUUUCAGGUAACCUGAAAAUCGACCCUGUACCUAUAUUUUUGGCACUUUACGAUUUGUGGCGGCUGAUAGUCCCUUUUUACAGAACAUGCACUUGUCUGCGCGGUUAACACGAAGCUGGCAAGGAGUACGAGUGUGUCGAAAUUUCGUCAUAUUUAACAUCGAUAUAAAGAAUAACACUAUGGUUUUAUGAACUUAUAUAACUUGUUUAGCGAUACGAUCCGUUAGAAAAAAACUGGACUUAACUGUGGAAAAUGGUAUCAAAACUGUUUACGACCUUCAGAGCUUUAGACGUCAGUUUCCGCCAACUCAAUUGACUUCACUUUUUGUCGUAUCGUAAUUAACUAUAUUAUUAAUUAACUUAGCACUAAUACUCACUAAUUUAUCUCAGUAAUGUAUUAUCAUAACUUAACAUAAUUAACAGUAGUUUUCCCAUAAAUCUUGUAAACAAAGAGAGUUGAUAUGUAUUAAAUAUAAAGCAAGACACGAAACUUUUCUCAUAGCCAUAGGCCGAAUGGCUGAAGUUCUUGCUCGAGAUAUAUAGAGCUCACUGGAGAGGAGUAGUACAUGACUGUUGGAAAGGGGUUUUUCGGUGAGGAGCAGAUCAAUCAAUUGGCAGAGAAAAAAUAACAUAGUUUUCGAGCGCUGACCAUGAUUACGAUAUUUUGCGAUGACCAGAUAAUUCAUUGUUUUUAAUAAAAUAUUUAUAAAGUUACUCGUUAAUUUAAGAACAAAAAUCAAGACUUUGAGUUUAUUUAAAAGAGUUGCUAAGUUUCCUCUUCGUGCUUGUUUUUAUUAUUCGUUUCUUACACCAAACUAAGAAAUGUCAUUUUUUGUAAUUACAUAAAAACUGGUAAGCUGUAUAUACAGCCCUUGACUGGCUCCCGAAAUUUCAGGUCGGCAAGAAAUUGCCGACCUAAAAACGAUAAUUCUCAAUCUAGAUCUGCAAAUAUUUUCAAAACAAAUCUACACAACAGAGCUAAUGCGCGUGCAACGGGGCAUUGUAUACCAGCCAAUCAAAAGUUGGCAACAAUAUAUUUAACAAAUAUAAAACAUUUUCCGUGUUGAUGUACAGUUAUAUCAACACGAGUGGAAUUAAUGGGAAAACAAGAAAUUGUAUUUUCAUACAAUUUCGAGUUUUCCCAACUUCGACGAGUGUUGAUAUAACUAUAUCAAUACGGAAAAAAUGUUUUAUAUAUAUAUUUUUUAUAAUAUAGCAAUGUCAAAAGCCCGAAGGAUAAGAAAAACCAAAUUGACAGUCUUUAUUAUUUAUCUACCUUGAUGAACAAUUUCUUGCAGGAGCGAAAAUCUUUAGAGGGGGAUCACGCUGAACAUCCCGAAAUUGCUAAUAGUUCAUUUGCUGUUCAGCAUGCUUUUCGAAAAGCAGAACUGUGUAAGCAGCUACAAGAACUGACUAAAGCUUUAGCAAUGAAGGAGGAAAUUGCCAGCAAAAUGGUUGAUAAUGAACGUAUUACGUCUAUGAGAAAACAAUAUGAGGUAAGUAUACAUAAUUAUAUUUAUACCAAUGAACUUUGUGAUGAAGCUUUCGAGGAAUUUGCGGGUAAUGCUUAACCCUAAUGCUUAACCCCUGCUUACCCACUAGAAAUUUUUCCACCCUUCCUUUUAAAAAAAAUGAAAAUCCGCCCUUGUGUGGGCGGCGGCUCGCGAUGGACCAGUCUGGCAGUGGCGUAACGUUAUAUCAGGGGGGCCCCGGUUCAAAAUUUUCGAAGGCCCCUAGUAUAGAAGUGUCAGAGGCACGAGUGGAGCGCCGUAUAUGCACGAGUUUUUUAGGGGUCCAGGGCAUGCUCACCCGGAAAAUUUUUUAAAUCUAGACUUUCUGAAAUGCCAUUUCCCGGACUUUGGGGAGAGAUUUUACAGAAUUCUGAUGGUCAGAAAACGACAUUGUGACAUAUCAGAGGCCCUGGCCAAUGUUUUUGUACUACAGCCUGGCGCUGGGGGGCCAUUUGCCCUAUUGGGGUUGGGGGCCCCCGGGUUCGCCCGGUCCGAGCCCAUAGUAGUUACGCCACUGCAGUCUGGCUCGUACCUUAAAACCUAAUUUAACAUCCAUUUGAUGACUUAUCGAGCUCUUUCUCAUUUUUAUGGCUAUUGACGUUUUUGAGGUUUUUCUAUCCGUAGUACGUAUAUGAAAUGUAUUUUUUAAUCUUUCUUCGAGAGAUAUCAAUCGUAUAUAUAAGGCUCUGAAUGCACACAAGACAUGUUGUGUCCUGUGCAUAUUUGCUAAUUGGUUCUCUUUAUUCGUCUUGUAAAGUACGUUUUGUAUUUACUGAAUUAUUUCAGGUGACUGUCAAAGAACUUGAGCAUAUAAUAGAGAAAUUGGAGAAGGAAAAGGCUGAGUUAAAUUCUGCUUUAAAUACGAAAAAAGCUAAUCCUUCGGCUUUAAAGUAAGUAUAGUGUGAUCUUUUUCAUGUUGUGAUAAAAACGUCUUUAGAACCAUACUCCAAUCGGCAUGCAUGAAACAAGCAGUCUCUCUUUGGCUAUUAUUUACAGAAGAUAUUUUAUACUAAAGAAACAAUAACGUGAUGCUCUCAGCUGGUUUACUGAGAAAUAGCAAAAUGCGCUGUGCCUAAAUGUUCAUAAUUGUAUAGUUUUUCUAUACCUUCCGAUAUGUCUACUGUAUGAAACAAUUCAAAAGCCAAAUUCGCCGUGUAUGAUAUAUAUUCCAACAAAUUCACUAAAACCUGCAUCAAAGAGGAUGAGAAUGCAUGAGAGUUUGGUGGUCACGCUCGGCUUGGUUUAAUAUUAGCUGUUCUACAUGCUUUCCCAUUUCCCUAUGCCAUUUAAACAUAUAGGCUAUCACAGCUGGGAACACUCAUCAAAUCUCUGUUUUGCAUGUUAAUCUAAAGCUUGAAAUAUCCCCCGUAAAACAAUUCGUGACUGCCAACUCUCAUCAACUCUUAUCCUCGUUUGACUGGCACUUAAUCGGGUGGACUAAUUGAAAUGGAAACUGGAACGCUUCCUUCGGAUAAACUGCCUAUCUUUUUCUUAAAGCCAAAACUGACCUCAGGUCAGAUCACGCGUAUUUACAUGUAUAUCAUGAUGCAUGAUUGACAGAUUGACCACGCUCUUCGCAUGCGUGAAAAGACUGGGACUGGCCUUCAUGUUUGGCUUCAAGUUCCCGGUUAGAGGUAGCGUUCCAGUUAUACUCCUAGUUAUACUCAUUUCAAUGGGUGGACUUUACUAUUCUGUGUGCUGCAAUUGUGUAUUCUUAUCUGUGUGCUCAAUCGUUUCAUCCUUUUCAUUUAUAUAUAUCCCUUUACGUUUUGGUAGAAUUUCGUACUUUCGCGGUGUAAAAGAUACGACAUAACGUGCAUGAAGAAUGUCCCGCAUCAUGUUGACUGAAUUUAAUAUUCCGAUUUUAUGAUCGUGCUAUAUAGGAAAGAGAAAGAAAGACUGCGUGAACUGGAGACACAACUUUCCGACUAUAAGAAGAAACAGGUAAAAUAUCGUGAUUGGCGUAUUAUUACUGAUAUUCUGUUAGUUUUAAAAAGUUUUGUUUUAUUGUACUACUGGUCUACUGUAUAUGUUACAAAUGAAUUGUUUCAACUUUUGUCACAAAUUAUAGAUUGAAUACAAAAGGUUACAGAAAACGAAAGAACAAAGUGAUCAAACAGUCACAAAACUCGAUGCUGAAAUCAAGGUAUGGGUUACAGUUAACAAAUGCAUACUGAAACUUGCGGAACACUAAAUUGUGUUGCUUUAUAUUUAUUUGGUUAUUUCAUAAGAAACAUUUCAACGGAUUUAAAGUUUUACGUGCGUAUACGUACGUAUGAAAAACGCAACAGUGGAAAUCAGCCUUUAUAGUGGAUUAAUACGGCAUGGCUUCUAACUAUGAUAAUUUUGGAAAUAUUUAUCUAUAGGGCAUGAAACAGAUGAAAGUGAAGUUGAUGCGACAAAUGAAGGAAGAAGCAGAGAAAUUUCGACAAUGGAAGUUGAAGAAAGAUAAAGAAAUCAACCAACUAAAACAGCAAGUAAGAUGUUCAAAAUACCUAGGAGAUAAUUACAUCAUGCUGAUGCUCUUAAGUGAUGACUUUCGUCUAGCUGUCUAUAAUUCAUAAGUAAAAGGUAAUAUAUACCCAUGCAGGAUAUGCCAUAUGCAUGCUUGCAAAAGUUAAGGAACAAAACAAUCACACUGCUCGAGUCUAUUUUAGUUAGAUAUACAUGCAAGCAGUCGCAGAGCGCUUGCGAGUUGGUUUUUGCGAUGAGUGGGAAAAAGCCCUCACCGUCUUUUAACGUCUGGCUUUGACAACCAUGAUAAACGACCCAAAACUCUCGUUGACACUCGUUAGAAGUUGAAUCAAAUAAAAUAUUAAGCAAUUAUUGGAUGAGGCUGAGCAUGAUAUCAAGAAUUAUUCAGACCGAGGUCAAUGUUAUCUGCCGAAGCGAAGCUGAGACAUGAGAAACGUAUAAAACGAUUCCUGUUCAUGAGGUAGGAAAAGUACAAUUUGAAUAUCAAACACCUUGCACAAAGUCAAAGGUCAGCUAAAUAUUCUAUUUCUACUUCUAUUUACCCCUUUGUGGCUUUUUUCGUGCUUUCACUAUCCUUAUCUGCCAAUAAUUUGGAGGGUUCACUUUCAUUCAGCGAAGCAAAUCUGCUGUAGGCCAUUGUUUGUUUGUUUUUUUCGCGCGCUUAUAGGUUCAAGCUUUUGGCCGCGCAAGGGUUUGGGCACGAGAGAGUCCAAUAAUUGUUUUUUUGGAUGCAAGUUCGAUCCAAAAAAACAAUUAUUGGACGCUGAUGACGUCAUCGGCGGAAAAUACGUAAUAAAUUUCGAAUACUGAAAAUUAGCCGGUGCUUUCUGACCAAUUAGAAACGAGAAUACAUAUUAAAUGUAUAAUAAAAAUUAUUAUUUGAAUUGGUUAGGCCUAAUAAUAAUAGUAAUAAUACCACUUUAUUUACCGAGGGUAUACACAUAUUAACAGUUUACACUGAAAAACCUGUGGCCUAUCAUUCUAACUCUUUCUGGUUUGAUCUGUUCAAAAAGUACACUUUUUAUUAUCGCGAUGCUCAAUAUCCCGAUCCCAAUAUUGUAUUUGAAACUGUUUUCAUAUAGACAAUUGCAACGUAAUAGGCCUACCACCGCCAAUUCUCAGUAAUUUAGCUGUUUAGACUAAUUAAAUACAUUUGUCAUAUAUAGUGACUUACAUUUCAUUAUAGAGCAGAAAAAGGCAGUUUGAAUAUAAAAAGUUGGAAUCUGUUCAUAUAAAACAACAAGCUGUUUUACGUCGUAAGACAGAGGAGGUAAGGC